UUUUUCUUUUCUUUUUUAGCUUCUUUUACUACUUCAAAAACACAUACACCAAAAUUAAGAACACUCUCUAUAUCUCUAAUUUCAAUCCAGAGUUGUCUUAUUAAUUAGACUCCAUAAGCUUUAAAUUUUAUAUGGAUGGAUCCUUCUAGUGGACAACAGAACCACCAGCAAAUGGCAAACAAUAAUAACAAUCAGUCACUAGAAAGCAUGAUGUUGGGUUGCACAAAACAAGAACAACAACAAGAGAAGAAGCCAAGGCCACAACCAGAACAAGCAUUGAAAUGUCCAAGAUGUGAUUCAACAAACACAAAGUUCUGUUACUACAACAACUACAGUCUCUCACAGCCAAGGUACUUCUGCAAAUCUUGCAGAAGGUACUGGACAAAAGGAGGAACAUUGAGGAAUGUUCCAGUAGGUGGAGGCUGCAGAAAGAACAAAAGAUCAUGUUCUUCUUCAUCAAAGAGAGCUCAAGAUCAAUUACCCUUUAACCCAGAUCAUAACCCUCUCAUGAAUUCUCUCCCUCCAUUGUCAUAUGACUCUGAAUUCACACUUGCAUUGGCUAGGCUCCAAAAACAAACAGGUGGUGUGCAUCUUGGUCUUGAUGACCACCAUGAUCUCUCAAUGUUGGUGAACCACACUAACACUAACACCAACACCACAACACAACAACAACAACAACAACAACAAGGAUUCUUGGAUGCACUUAGAAGCAAUGGAUUCAACAGCAACACCAUGCAUAGUGAUUUGUACUAUGGUGGAAAUGGGGACAUGGGUGAGGUUUAUAAUGAGAUUAUGCUUCCUUAUGAGCAAGAAAUGAGUGUUGAAACAACUCAAGCAGUUACUGUCACAACCACAAAGCAAGAACUCUGCAAUGUUAGUUAUAAUUGCAAUAAUACUAAUAAUAAUAAUAAGGUUUUGUGGGGUUUUCCAUGGCAGAUCAAUGGAGAAACAAACAUGCUUGGAGAUAUUGAUUUAUCAAGAGCAAGUUGGAAUGGUAAUGGUCCUCUCACUACUCCAUUAUCUUGGCAUGGACUUCUCAAUAGUCCCCUAAUGUAGAACAACAACAAUGGAGUUUAAUUAAUUAAUUGCUACCCUUUAAUUUCUUCUUUAAAGUAUCAAUUAGUGUUAAGAGUGUUGGGUUGAUUAAUAGGAAUUUGAUUCACUUGAAUCACCUUUUUUUUCUCUUCUUUCUAGGUUUUAUUUAUUUCUUGUUUGUUUCUAAUAUUUUUUUCUCUUUCCAUCAAGCAAAUGUCAAAACUUGUGUUAUUAUCUUUUUUUUUUUUAAUCGGAGAAUAGACUAAUGAAAUUCUAGAUUUGUAAUGGAGGUUAAUUAUUUGCUUAUGAAAUGAUAAAUUCCUCUCAUGUCUGAGCAAAAUAUCAAAGUAAAAGUCUUAUAAGAUUUUAAA